UCCCCCUUCCUCACCAGCCAUUAAUUGCUUGGGUGAAUGAAUUAGGUGGGUGUAUAUAAAUACUCCCAAUGGACUCUCCCUUCCUCCAUUACUCGGUCUCCUCAGCUUGCCUUGCUCAUAAGCCUCACCUCUGCCGCCAGCGUCUUCUUAGCUCUGUUGCCCACGUUACGAUGUUCCGCAGGUACAGGAUACCGCUCUGCUGCUGGUGCGGCAACACCGACGACUUGGAGCUCGGCCCGGCCCAGGCUCGCGUUGCCGACAGCCCCGACGCUGAGAAGGAGGCGGAGGAGGAGAAGGGGGUGCCGGCCCGGCGGUUCGGGUGCGCGGAGAUCGAGUCGUUCGCCGGGAAGUUCGCCACCGCCGCGGUGGUCGGUGAGGGCGGGUGCAGCACCGUCUACCUUGCCCGCCUCCCGGACUCCUCUCUCGCUGCCCUUAAGCUCCACCGCCCGAGCGAGCGCCUCCACCGCGCCUUCCGCCAGGAGCUCGACGUACUCCUCCGCCUCCGCCACCCCCACAUCGUCCGCCUCCUCGGCUACUGCGACGACGGCGAAGAAGAAGGCGUUUUGGUGUUCGAGUACGCACCCAACGGCAGCCUCCACGAGAAGCUCCACGGCGGCGGGGAGGUGCUGCCGUGGGCGCGGCGGAUGGCGAUCGCGUACCAGGUGGCGCAAGCGCUCGACUACCUGCACGAAGGGUGCGACCCGCAAGUUGUGCACGGCGACGUGAAGGCUGCAAACGUCCUCCUCGACAGACGGCUGGAGGCGAAACUUUGCGACUUCGGGUCGGCCCGGGUGGGCUUCUCAGCAGCGGUGGCGCCGCCGCGCUCCGCCCGCGCCAUGGUGGUGGGAUCGCCGGGCUACGUCGACCCACACUACCUGCGCUCCGGAAUGGUCUCCAAGAAGAGCGACGUGUACAGCUUCGGGGUGCUGCUGCUGGAGCUGCUCACCGGAGCAGAGGCGUUCGACGCGGAGCGAGAGCGGCGGCUGACGGCGGAGCUCGGCCCGGUGCUUCGGGACCCGGACGGUCGGGCCGCGGAGGUUGUGGACGCUAGACUGAGCGGGGUGUACGACGCCGGGGAGGCGAAGGCGGCGGCGGUGGUGGCAGCCAUGUGCGUCCGGGACAACCCCAGCCUCCGCCCCUCGAUGGCGGAGGUCGUCAGGAUGCUGCGGGCUUCGGCUUCCAUCGCAACCGUUGAAUCAAAAUCCAACGGCAAGAGUGAUUCGUAGUAGAAGAAAAAAGUUGCGUUGAUUUGUGACUUAUGUCGUACAAAGUAUAUACCACGUAGAGAAGGCGUAGGGAGGAGAGGAAAUACGCACGCGUAGCACAACGUCAAAAGAUAAUAAGAUAGCAAAGAAGGGUUACCAAUAAACCAUUUUUUCUAUCA